AUGGAAAAUGAUUCACAAGUCCUUGUUCCUAUAAAGGCGAUUCCACUUCGCCAAAUACCACCUCAAAGAAACCUCUUGGACGAACAAGAGAUGUCAAGCCCUCAAGCACCACCACCUUCUUGGGAUAGUCCUCCAAAACUAUCCUCCUUGAAGACAAAGAAGAAACUUCUUCCCUACCUUGAAGCAGCCGACCUGGAGACAUCUAGCCAAGCCGCAUCUUACAGAGAAGAACACCUUCUAGCCACGCCAGAAGAGGAGAUUAACCCUGAGAUGAUUGAGUUCGUGAAGAGAGAUCAAUUCCAUCAUCUGUUUUCAGAGUAUGCGCUAGAGCAUCUGGAUCACUUUGAUAAUCUUUGUGAUUCCUAUGGAGUCUUUGACUUUGAGAAGAAGAUGAUGCUAUUCAGCACAUCACUAGCUGGACCAGCACUAGAUUGGGCGCAGCAUGAGCCACUCUCUACAAUCGAGUCAUGGAUCGAUUUUAGAGAAGCCUUCUUGAAGAGAUUUGCAAGGCUACCACCUUUCAAGUCCAAGUACAAUCACUACUCUCAUCAGCUGGAGAGAGAGCGUGAAGAAGAAGACUACUCUCAUCAGCUGAGAGAGCGUGAAGAAGAAGAAUGGGGAGGCAUACCACCCCAUCUUGAAGAGCUAAUCAAGCAUGUGGAGAGAAACCCUUUCUACAAUUCUACUUCAGAGUGUGCAAAGGAGCAUCUAUGCAACUUUGAGCAGCUUUGCCACGACUAUGGAGUUGGAGAUAACCCCAAGAAGAUACAACUUUUCCAACUAUCUUUAGCUGGACAAGCCAAAGAAUGGGCUAAGUUCAACGCCCAACAUGCUUUCAAGACUUGGAAUGGAUACAAAGGAGCUUUCCUCUACAGAUUUGCUAAAGGUCCCAUUUAUGUUCCACCACCACGCCCCAGUAAUUUUUCGAUGGAUUUCCGACGGUUUUCAACAGCACAAAAACGGUCGCGAAGACUGUCCAAAGCCGAUCUAUCGAGAAUCGGCGCCCAAACCGCGCAGAACGGCCGGCCGAGGAACGCAUGUUCCGCUCUCGGCCAAAAUUGCGUCCGUCCGUCUGAAGUCUCGGCCAAAGUUCAAAACCGUUCGGCCGAUCAUGCAUCACGACCCGGGAAACUAAGACCCGCAGUCGGCCACGCCACGACCGUCCACGCCUCGCCGCGCACGACCAUGCCGCGCGAGCCGGGAAACAAAGCCUCGCGGCCGCGUAACCUAUCUCGCGUACCACGGCCGAUGGUUCUGUCCGAGCCGGGAAACAACGUCCCACGUCCGGCCGAGAAACCAUCGACCAUUCCAUCAACAGUCCGACCACACCAGCCGAUUGACCGUCUGAACGCUGUCGUCGACCCGAACCCGUUUAGAAGCCCAAUCCGCACAAUCCAAGCCAAAAGCCGGCGCCAACCUAGCAAGAUUAGGUCCAACCUGCGACAAACCAUUAGAAAACAAUACUAA